UCGACAAGAGAGCUUACUGGCCGCAGAAAACAUAACCUUUGAAGUCAUCAAAAAAGAGAAACAAGCUAACAUUACGAUGUCAGUCAAUUGUGAGACUACAUGUCAGUGCCUUGCAAAUGGGCAUGGAAGAUGGACCAACAACUCAUGGCAACCAUUUUACCAUGGAAAUUUAAACAUUAAUUCAGUCAAUGCAAAAUCACGACCAAGAAAAAAAAGAAUGGGACAUUUAUGGAUAUAUGGAGACUCAUCAGCCUUCCACUUUUGGAACAGCAUUUCAAAAAGCAGAUUGUGUAAAGAAGUGUUUCAAUUUUGCAAUCUUAGUUAUAACUGGAUAUAUCCCUACACACAAGCCUCAAUCAGGAAAAAAGAUGAUUUAGACUUUCGUCCACAAAUCGUUAUUGAUCUUAUAAAACAAGUUCUUUGCAAGGAUGAAAUGAUGGGUAGUGAGAAUGUGCUUGUUUUAAACUUUGGACUUCAUUACGCACGUUCUGUUAGUUUUGAAAUGUUUAAAAAAUUAGUCCAAGACGUGAUUGUUAUGUUACAUGACCACAAACAGCAGCACAACAAUAGUGCACGAGUAAUAUGGAAAACAACGACAGCAGCCAGAAAGGAAAAACAGAAACGUUAUUUAAAUCAUAGAAGAUUUCUUACAGAGCAGAGAGUAAGGUUGUUUGACGCAUACGCUAUGUCCGAAAUGUGUAAAGCUGGUAUUCUUGUUCUUGACGUUCAUCCAUUGACAGCAUCUUAUUAUCCGGGGCCUUAUGACGGUCUUCAUUACCAACACGAAGUAUUCAAGUCAGCGGAAAAAGAGCUUGGGAUUCUUGCGAAAGCUGGGCAGAAUUAUAAAACAACCGAAGUUUGUGUAGCGGACUAUUAA